AUGAACACAGAGUAUACCAUGAACACAGAGUACACCACCCCUAACCACUCGCAACAGCAGUCGCCCGUGCUCCUCGCACAGCAGCAUCAGCAGCGGCAACAGGCAUUUAUGCCUGUCAUUGGCAGUGGCGGCAGCGAUAUCCAGAUGGCUACGCCGCCGAUGACCACAUUUGGCCUGGCGCCAUCCCAGCUGGACGCCGCUGUCACACAAACCGCCAUGGACAUGGCCAACGCCGCUGUUGCAGGGCCUCUCGGAUACCUGAAGAACAUGUACCCGACACGCUCGUUCUCGCCGACGACCAUGGAUUUCGCCGGCAUGUCCAUUGCUGCAGGAUACCAGACGCCGCAGUCUGUGACCCCGGUGGGCUCGAGCGGGCCAGUGAGCCAGCAGACCACUGCCGAUGUGGGCAUGGCGGCUGCGCCGGCUACUGCGGCAGCUGCACAUACAACUGCGCCGGCAGCUACUGCUACCUCGGGCGGCGCGCCGAGUGCGGAGAAGCCCGACUUUUCGUAUGCGUCACUCAUUGCACAGUCGCUGAAGGACGCGCCGAUGCAGCGCCGGACUCUCAACGGAAUCUACGAGUGGAUUCAGGAGCACUUCCCCUACUACCGGUCGCGCCAGAACUGGCAGCGAAAAAGACAUGCAGCAGCGCCCCGAGCUGGGCCCAAACUGAGGGCAGCCGCAUUCCAUAUCCCAGCCCAACCACCCAAUCCCGACUCGCUCUUUUCCCGCUGCCCGCGAUUGGCGUUUGCUUCGCGCAGCUCGCUUGGCUUCCUAUUGUGGAAAAUUUUUCCCUCGUCUCUGCCUAGCUCGUGGGGAUCUUUUUUGCUGGCGCAUGCGAACCGUGAAGGUGAUUGUGAAGGUGGAAUGAGGAUGAGAGGGAUGUUCCUGAUUGCCCCGGCCGGGAUUUGCCCUCCUUUAUCUGCCAUCUCAGUUAGCUUGUCCCUCCCCUGCUUGCGUCACGGCACAUGGGUGGGAAUUAUGUCAUGGCCUAACUCUAUCCGCCACAACCUGUCGCUGAACAAGGGCUUCAUGAAGGUCAAGCGCGACGAGUCGCACCCUGGCAAGGGCUCCUUCUGGACCUUCACACCGGGGUACGAGGCGUGCUUGUCGGGAGGCCACUUCAAGCCCAACCGCACCCGCUCGGGACGUGCUGCGCUGGCUGCUGCUGCUGCUGCUGCCGCCGCCGCCGCCGCCGCGAUGAACAACUCAAUCACUGGCAUCACAGAGGAGAGCAACGAGUCGGCCGAGGACGCGGCUAUGAACGAUGACGAGGGUGUAGCACCGAACGGCCGGACAAAGACUGGGAAGACCUCGAGCGCUGUGAUCGGAGAGCUUAAUGCAAGCCACCCCGCACCAAUGAGACGGUCCGCGACUGACAAGAGGACUGUGCGGGCUGGAAAGGUCCAGAAAUCCUCCACUGCUUCUGGAACCUUGAAGCGCUCGCACAGCGUGCCACCAAAGGAGCACAGACAGCUUGGCAGGAACCACACCAUGAGCGGAGCUGCUGCUGGGUCUGUUGUUGCCGCCGCUGCUGCCGCCGCCGCCGCCGCUACUGCCGGCACGAUGGGCUCCGUUGGCGGUCCUGUGUCACCUGCUCAAAGCAUUCCGGUUGGUGGCAGCCCGAUCAAGAAGAUGCGUGUCGCGAGCUCGCAGAGCCGGUUGGGGGGUCUUCCCUCGUCGGUUGCUGGUGCGCCCGCGGGCAAUAUGCACAGCGCACUGCAGGUUGCAACUGUUCCGCCAGCCCUGACCAAUGUGGCAGGCAUGGCUGGUCUGUCCCAGCACCACCAUGGCUUUGCCCAUGCACAGGGAGGAUUUGCCACGCUGUCGUCGCCGUAUCUGGCCUCGCCGGCAGUUGCCUGUGCCACGCCGAUGUCGGCUGUUAGCGUCAACUCAGCGUUCAACAGCGGUGCUACCACGCCUUUCAGCUUCCACAUGCAGCCGCCUCAGUGCUCGGUGCCCAUGUCUGGCGUAGAUCUGGCCUCUGUCCCAGCCACCAUGGCUGCCGCUGCUGCCGCUGCGACGAGUGGCCCGUACAUCUCGACGAUGAUGCCCACAUUCAACAGCAACGAUACCGUCAGCAUCGACAACGCCGGCCUGUUCGCCGAGCAGGGCGGUGAGUCGCUCUACGGCGCCCGCCGUGCACACAUGCAGUCGCGGAUCUCAUGGCACGGUCCCGAGAGCAUGCACCAGGCGCUAGCCAACAUGCGGCAGCAGCAGGGCGAGCUCAACCUCCCGAUGCUUCCUAACGACAGCAGCCACCACGCUAGCGGACAGGCGAUGGCCAUGGGGGCCGACAGCAGCGUUGCCGGAUCGCCCGUUGACUGGGCAAUGUUUGCUGGGAUCUCGGCACCCUCGACCACAACCCCGGUUGCUGCUCCUGAGGCCCUGGCGCAUGUGUCUGGCCCUUCGGCCGGCAGCGGCGCAAGCGGAGCUAUUGGCCCGCACGUGGACGGACAUGGAAACCAGGGCUUUCUGGCUCUGUACGACGAGAUGCUACGCGACCCGACUUCCCUGAUGAGCGUUCUGGGUCAGGACUUGGCUGGCUGGCAGUGCCCGUCCAAGACCAGCACGAUCGAUCCCGCUGCUUUGUGCGCGGUUGACCCUGAAGCCACCACUCUGUAA